UUGAUGGAGCCCAGUGGGGACGUGGAGAUCUGUCUGGAGUCUGUAGCCGGGACCCGGUAGCCUCCUUCUUCUUGUGUUUUCUUUUUUUUUUUAAAUCACAAAGCAGAACCUUUUUUUUUUUUUUUAAAUAGAAGAAAAAAAAGGGGAACCUGUGCGGGUGGAGGAGCGUUUGUCACGUAUGUGUUUCACGUGAGAGGGACCAAAGAAGGGAAGGAUGAAACUUAAAGAGAUCAACCGCACAGCCAUCCAGAGCUGGAGCCCUGCACAGCACCACCCCAUCUACCUAGCGACAGGAACAUCGGCCCAGCAGCUGGAUGCCUCCUUCAGCACCAAUGCCUCCUUGGAGUUUUUCGAGCUGGACUUGACUGAUCCGUCUCUGGACAUGAAGUCAUGUGGCAGCCUCUCCUCCUCUCACAGAUAUCACAAACUGGCGUGGGGUCCCUAUGGAAUGGAUGACGAAGGCCACCCAUCUGGGGUCCUUAUCGCAGGAGGCGAGCACGGCAACGUGAUCCUGUACGACGCCGCGAAGAUCAUGGCGGGAGAGACCGACGUGAUCAUCGCUGAGAGUGACAAGCACACGGGGCCCGUGAGAGCUCUCGACGUCAACCCGUUCCAGACAAACCUGGUUGCAUCAGGUGGGAAUGAGUCUGAAAUCUAUAUCUGGGACAUGAAUAACUUUGGCUCUCCAAUGACACCAGGACCUAAAACUCAGCCUCUGGAGGACAUCAGCUGCGUGGCGUGGAACAGACAGGUGCAGCACAUCCUGGCCUCCGCCAGCCCGAGUGGCCGAGCCUCCGUGUGGGACCUCCGCAAGAAUGACCUCAUCAUUAAAGUCAGCGACCACAGCAACAGAAUGCACUGCUCCGGUCUGGCUUGGAACCCAGAAGUCGCCACUCAGCUGGUCUUGUCGUCGGAGGACGACCGGAUGCCGGUCAUCCAGAUGUGGGACUUGCGUUUCGCUACCUCUCCUUUCAAGAUUUUAGAGAACCACACACGCGGCGUCCUGUCCAUCAACUGGAGCUUGGCCGAUCCUGAGCUGCUCCUGAGCUGCGGGAAGGACAACCGGAUCCUGUGCUGGAAUCCAAACACAGCCGAGGUGGUGUACGAGUUGCCCACCAGCAGCCAGUGGUGCUUCGACAUCCAGUGGUGUCCCAGGAACCCCGCGGUGCUGUCGGCCGCCAGCUUCGACGGACACAUCGACGUUUAUUCCAUCAUGGGCGGCACCAACCAGGCGCAGAGCCAGAGGCACGCCGACCAGAUCAGCAACGCGUUUGUGAACCUGGAUCCGUUUGGGACCGGGCAAACGUUGCCCCCGCUGCAGCUGCCCCAGACGGCGGCCCCGCCGGUGACGGUCAACCCCCUGAAGAAGCCGCCCAAGUGGAUCCGCAGACCCGUCGGAGCCUCGUUCGCCUUCGGCGGGAAGCUGGUGUCCUUGGAGAACGCAAAGCCCAACGCGCAGCAGCCGGCGUCGCACGUCGUGCACAUCAGCCAGGUCGUCACGGAAACGGCCUUCUUGAAGCGCUCCGACCGGCUGCAGGCCACGCUGAGCGGCGGCGGCUUCGUGGGCUUCUGCCAGGAAAAGAUCGACGCGGCGGAAAAUGAGUUUGAAAAGACGCUCUGGUCUUUCCUCAAGGCUAAUUUUGAAAGUGAUAUUCGCAGCAAAUACCUCGAACUUCUGGGGUACAACAAAGAGGAACUGGCCUUGAAGAUUUCCGCGGCACUGGAGGAAAAGCCUGCUGAGCCUCCGCAGGUGGAGGUGCCGGCUCCAAUCAGGCUGCAGCCUUUACCAGAAGUCAGCAUCGUGCCGCCCGCUGACACUCCCGAAGCGGCGUUCGACCUGAUCGCUGCAGCAGCCGUGCCGCCGCCCGCUGGCACUCCCGAGGAGGCGUUCGACCUGAUCGCCGCAGCAGCCGUGCCGCCUGCUGGCACUCCCGAGGAGGCGUUCGAUAUGAUCGCUGCAGCAGCCGUGCCGCCGCCCGCUGACACUCCCGAAGCGGCCUUUGAUAUGAUCGCCGCGGAAAACCUUCAGCCGGCAGCCACGAUGGAACUGGACUCCGACCUCGACCCCGAGACUGAAGAGCCAGCAGCAGAAGAUCCAGAAGACGCUCCUCCCAGCGAACCAGAAGAAAAUGGCGACCAGGUCAUUCCAGCGGAGGAAGCAGAGGAGGAAGCAGAGGAGGAAGCAGAGGAAGAAGAGAUCCCCUUGGAGGAGGAGAAGGAGGAGGAGGAGGAGGCGGCGGCGGCGCCGGCACCAAUGGAGGAGGAGCCCAGUCCUCCUGAGACCUCGGCUCCGGUCGAGGAGCCCGCGGUGGAUCCAAAUCCGGCUCCGGCUCCGACUCCGGCACAAGCGGAAGGAGUCAGUCUCAGCAUCAGUCCAGAUGUGGACGGGCUCAUCACACAAGCCCUGCUGACCGGAGACUUUGAGGGAGCUGUUGAGCUCUGUCUCCAUGACAACCGAAUGGCAGACAGCAUCAUCCUGGCCAUCGCCGGAGGCGCCGAGCUCCUGGAGAAAACCCAGAAGAAGUAUUUCACAAAGACGCACAGCAAGAUAACCAAGCUGAUCAGUGCGGUGGUGAUGAAAGACUGGCACGACAUCCUGAAGACGUGCGACCUGCAGAACUGGAAGGAGGCUCUGGCUGCUGUCAUGACCUACGCUCAGCCCGAGGAGUUCUCUUCCCUCUGCGACCUUCUCGGGGGCAGACUGGAGGCAGCAGUGGACGCCCAAUUGCAAGCCCAGGCCUGUCUGUGUUACAUCUGUGCUGGAAACGUGGAGAAACUCGUGUCUUGCUGGACCAAAGCUCAGGGCGGACACUGUCCCCUCUCCCUCCAGGACCUGGUGGAGAAGGUGGUGGUGCUGCGACGUGCAGUGGAGCAGACCCAGCGCUCCAGUCCCACUGCGAUCGGCAUCCUGCUGGCCGAGAAGAUGAGCCAGUAUGCCGGCCUGCUGGCCUCGCAGGGCAGUCUGUCCACCGCCAUCACCUACCUGCCCGACAACACCAACCAGGUUUCUGUACAGCAGCUUCGUGACCGUCUCAGUCGAGCUCUGGGGCAGCGAGCGGCUCCGGCUGCUCCGGCACAAACCCAGAGAGCUCGGUCUCAGCUGCCUGCCCCGACCCAGACUCAGCCCCGGCAUUCGUUCACCCCGAUCCAGCCCGCCGCGGCGCCUCAGCCCACUGCGGCAGCUCCGGUGCCCAUGCUCACGCCUGCUGCCUCCGCACCUGCACAGCCGCAGUAUUACCAGCCAGUGAGGGCUGCGCCCACUGUCACCUCUUGGAGCAACCAGACUCCCACGGCCCUCCCCAAUGUGCAACCGCCUCCUCUUCAGGCGGAGCCUCCGAACUCCAUGUACGGGAUGCCUCCCUCCUGCACGGCGGCUGCUCCUCCGGCCUCCUCCACUCCUGCAUACACGUACUCCCAGCAGUACCAGCCAUACCCCCAGGUCGACCAGUACGCACCUGGAUCUGGGGGCGCUCCUCUCUAUCAGCCUCAUCAGUACUCCUCCUCUGCCGCGCCUCCUCCUGCAGAGCCACCCGGCUUUUUCUCUCAGUACACACAGCCGACGUCUCCGGUCUAUCCCGGACAUCCUCCCGUCAGCCAGUGCCUGUCCUCCUCCCCCACUUCCCGUCCUCCUUUCUUUCCCUCCCCCUCCUCCUCUUCCUCCUUUACCGCUCCUCCGUCCUCCGGAGGGUCUUUCCAGCAUGGCGGGCCGGGAUCUCCUGUGUCGUACAUGCCUCGUCCUCCGCCGCCGAUCGGAUUCUCAGGGCCUCAGAAUGGCUGGAAUGACCCGCCGGCCCUGAACAGAGCAUCGAAGAAGAAGCCGCCUCCAAUGAACUACACCCCUCCUGCCCCCAUCACUGCCCCCAUCAUGGCUCCGCUGGGCGCCGACCCUCAGGCCCAGCUGGUCCCCUCUGGGGCUCCUCAAGCUAUGGGCCAGGGGCAUCACGGUGCCCAGACCCCCUCCUCAGGCAUGCAGCAGCAGCACCAGCAGCAGCACCAGCAGCACCAGCAGCAGCAGCUCUCCCCUCCCAUGAACCCUGCAUUGCCCAAAACCAGUAUGGAGGGGGCACCAGGAGCUCCCACUGGAGAUGUUAUACAGCCUCUGCGGUCCAUCCCCGCGGAGAAGAUCAUGAAGAAGCCGAUCCCCGAGGAGCACCUGGUCCUGAAGAACACGUUCGAGGGGCUCAUCCAGAAGUGCUUGGCUGUAGCCACCGACCCGCAAACCAAGAGGAAGCUCGACGACGCCAACAAACGUCUGGAGGCGCUCUACGACAAACUCCGAGAGCAGACGCUCUCUCCUGCCAUUGUAGGAGGACUUCAUAACAUCGCCAGGAGCAUCGAGUCCCGAGCCUACGCCGAGGGCCUCGGCAUCCACACACACAUCGUCAGUCACAGCAACUUCAGCGAGACGUCGGCGUUCAUGCCCGUCCUCAAGGUGGUGCUGACGCAAGCCAACAAACUCGGGGUGUGAUCGAGUCUCGGACCGGCGGGGAGUCGAGCUCGCUUCACGGGAGGGGAGGCUUUUCUUUUCUUUUCUUUUUUUUUUUUAAUGAAGAAUUCUGAGAUUUAUGGAAAUCUUGUUAAAUUCUUCUUUGUGCCAUUCAUGUUUUUUUCUGACACAACUCAAACACAAGCCGCGCUUAUCGGUCGCACUCGGUGGUGGAAGCGACUUGUGAGGCCCCCCACCCCCCCGUCAUGCAAACUGCACCACGCACACGUAGAAUGAAGGGCUAGAGACUAGUUCGCCGUAAUCUACCAACAUACAUGCUAACAAGUUAUGCUAAUCGUUUGUUUUUUAAAAUUAAAACUCAGCCAUAUAGAUUAAUAUGCAAUAAUUGUAUUGUUGCAUAAUCAAAUUUAAAAUCUUCAAAUUAGCAGGCAAAAUAUAAUAGGAAGGCACAGCUUCAGCGUAUUUGAUAUGUAGAUAAAUAUAAGGGAAUAUGGAAUUUAAAGACCAACUUAAAUAGGAAAAGCAACAGAAGAUUCGGGAAUCAAAGGACAUUUCUAUUUACUAAAUAAAAGAAUAUCGCUUGUCUUAAUUAAUAUGGCAUUCAUGCUUUCAGCGAUCCCACAGACAACAUUUAAGAAAUGUUAGCUUGUUCAUCUUAAUGGUUGUUUCACAUUUGUGCACUACAAUAAUGCUCAGCUACCUUUUUUUUUUAUAAUUCCACAAAUAUUCUUUCUCUUUAAAAGUAGAAAAUCAGGCGUUGAUUUUUACGUAUAAAUGCAUCAUCUCCUGCACACAUUUUGCAAACAGACCUGCAAAUGACAGAAUGUGUUAUUCAUUUUAAAUAACAUGGCAUUAUUUUGAGUUUUAAACGUCACAUUAAAAGGCAAUUAAAGUAAAACUGAUGCUUUAAAAAAAGAAGAAGAAGUAAUUACCUAUUAUGACUUAUUACUGGAAUCCCCUCUGCUUUUUUUGGCUUACUUUUCACCACUGGUGUCACUGCGUACAACACAUUGGACCAAUAUAUUAUCAGUGUGUGGGAUAUGUCAAUGCAAAGCAAUGCAAUCCCAUUUGUUGAGGAUUUUUUAUGUCAUUUCAGUUUUUUAUUCUUUUAUUUCAGUGUAUUCACGAGGCUCAUCAAAGUGCAAUGUUUUUUUUUUAGUUUUUUUAAAUGAUACUGUGCUUUUAUGGAACUUUAAAGUAUGCAUGCUUAAAAAAAACAUCAAAAGUCGUCUUUAAUGGCAUUAAAGGUAAUUAAUUAUCUGCUAAUUAAUCAGACCUCAGAAGGAAACAGGAAGUAGACUUGUACUUGAUUUUCAUUCCAACUAUGAUGAGGGCUGUAGUUUAUGUUGUUAAAGGAAAACAAGUAUUUGUUUAAGAUUGACUACAUGCAAUAUUUUCUAUAAAUAGUAUUUAUUUACAACAUGUUGCAGUGUUUUGACUAUACUUGCUUUUCUUUUGCAUUCAAAUAGUUAUGCGCAUAACAAUCCAGUAAUAUGAUUCUGAAAUUGACCAUUCUGUAUAAUGAGAACUUUUACUUUACUUUUGGUACUUUAAGUAUAUUUUGAUGCUUAUACUUUUGUAAGUAAGAUUUUGAAUGCAAUGCGUUUACUUGUAAGAGUACUGUAGUGCUACCUUUUACUUAUAUGAUAAUAAAUAAAUAAAAAUCC